CGGAAUAGCCCUCCCCGGGCUGCCGGCCCGUAGCUGAGCCUGGGCCCGAUGAGCAAGGCGUGGCGGAGGGGGGGCGCCCCCGGCGGCAGGAUGGAGGGGGCCGAGGCGGGGGACCAGGACGAGUCCAGCGGGCACGGCUCCCACAAGAAGAAGCACAAGAAGCACAAGAAGAAGCACAAGAAGAGGCAUCACCAUGAAAACGUGGGCGCCAGCUUCUCCUCCGAGACCCUGGAGUCCAGCCCCUUGCUCCCCAAGCCCCAGCUCAAGCUCAAAAUCAAGCUGGGGGGGCAGAUUCUGGGCACCAAGAGCGUGCCGACCUUCACGGUGAUCCCCGAGGUGCCGCGCUCGCCUUCCCCUCUGAUGGUCGUGGACGACGAGGACGAGCCCAUGGAGGGGGUCCCCAUUGAGCAGUAUCGGGCCUGGCUGGAUGAAGACAGUAACCUGGACCCAUCGCCCCUGCCGGACCUGGACUCAGAGAGCUGCUUCCCCGCCCGCGAGGACGAGGAGGAGGAGCGCUGGCUGGAUGCGCUGGAGAAGGGCGAGCUGGACGACAACGGCGAGCUCAAGAAGGAGGUGGAUGAGUCGCUGCUCACGGCCAGACAGAAAGCCCUCCUGCACAAGCAGCAGAGCCAGCCGCUCCUGGAGCUGCCCAUGGGCUACAAGGCGAAGGAGAUGACGGAGGAGAUGCUGGUGAAGCGGGAGGAGCGAGCCCGCAAGCGGCGCCUGCAGGCGGCCAAGAAGGCGGAGGAGAACAAGAACCAGACCAUUGAGCGCCUCACCAAGACCAACAAGGCCAAGGUGAAGACGCUGCGGGAGCGCAAGGCCAAGCAGGCCCCGUGCCCCAUGAUUCGCUACUGCAACGCCGCGGACCGGAUCACCGUGUCCUUCCCGCCCGGGGUCACGCUGCCCCUGCCGCCCUGCGCGCCCCCGCCUGUGCCUGCACCCACCACCUGCGGGGUCAGCGGCUGCCCCAACCGCAAGCGGUACUCCUGCUCGCGCACCGGCGUGCCCCUCUGCAGCUUCGCCUGCUACCAGAAGAACCUGCAGCUGCAGGAGGCGGUCGGCUAGGGGUCCUGGCGCUGACCCUGGCUGCCAGGCGCAGGAUGAAGAUCCCUGCGUCCCGCUGGGGAGGCCCAGGGGGGACGUUCACUCUCCAUCAGCUCAGGACGCAGCUGCUGCCCUUGUGACUGCGAGCUGAGGACCCUGGCGUCCGGGACCUCACUGGGACUGGCUCAUUCCCUGAGAGCUGAGUGCGGCAUACAUGGCUCCAUGCAGCCUGGCCUCCCCGUGUCUCUCCCACCCUCCCAGGUGACUGGGAGGGAUGGGAAACAGCCCAAGCUGGGCCUGGGCUCGGCCGCGUGGUGUCUCCAGGCCCUGCCACGAGGAGGCGUCUCCCGCCCUUCGGUGCCUGCCUGCAGGGCUGAGCUCUGCUGUGCUUGGGGGAGGGAGGAGCUUCUUCCAGCUGUCAGUGGAAGCACUGGCUGGGCCCCUACCCCAUGGGGCUGUUAGCUCUCCUCCGUCCCAGUCUAGGAGAGGUGAAUCAGCCAGCCCCAUUGGCUGGGGCGAAAGUCUCUGCUGGAUGUGCUCAAAGAGCCCCUCCCCCCAGGGCGGGUGUUGUGGGGCCGGGGGAGGCCCUUGGGGAUGUGGGUGGUCCCCCUGCUGCCACUCACGCUCAGUAGCUAUUGAUGUGGGGAGGCAGUUGAGUGGGGUCCAAGCAGAUGGAGGAGGUCAGGGCUGCCUGGGCCUGGCUCGCUGCCUCCUCCUGGCCAAGCUGUGUCACUGCAGCUCUCCGGACCACAGCGUGUGUGCGUGGGAAGGUGGGAUGCUGCAGGCCCCUUCAUGCCCUCCCCCUGCUCUCCUUGGGGCCGGGGGUUUGGGCCCAGGGACGCUCGUUACCUGUAACAUUCAUUAAAUCCCACAGCACAGAG